AUGGCUCAAAGAAAGAAGAAACUGACGAAGAAAAAGAGACACAUUGGCCACCGGGUGCCUGACGAAUCGGAUGGUGGAGACUUCGAAGUUGCUGCUAAAAUUAUGGACGAUGAUUCUGUAAGAACCAUUUAAUGUUUCUGUUAUUGUAGCUAGGUAAACAAUUUGCUCUAGUCAUUUGAGCAAACUUAUGUACAUCUACCAGCUAUGAAUUUACUUAGCCAGUUGUAAACCCUUAGCUAGCUAACAUGCUAAAUAGGCAGCUAGCAUUGGAUGUCAACUUGUCUCGAGGACUUGGCUGGUGGUGUAAACGUUCCGAUUUGCAACUAAAACGAGAGUUUCUAUUGGACAAAUUCAGGUAGGUCCCCCCCCCGUUUCGAUCAGUUUGCUUCCGUUUAAAAAACGUUUUGCAACAGAGACCAUCGGGGUUGUUACUAGUUACCACAGCCACAAAGUCAAAAUAGGCUCUUUUAAAUUCAUGAAAACAACUCAUAUUCUUUGGUCAUAAUUUCAGUUUAGGCAUAAGGUUAGCCGUGUGGUUUGGGUUAAUGCUAGGGUUAGGUUUAAAAUCAGAUUUUAUGAAGAGAAAUUGUAGAAAUAGGUGGGGCUUAGCCAUUUGUGGCUGUGGUAACUAGUGACGACCCAUAAUCAAAGUAAUGAAUACGCCCCAGUUGUGGGGCUCUGAAAUGUUAGGCCUAGAGUUGAUUUAUUGCCAUUUACAUUAGAAAAUAUUAAAGUUGUGCUAGAUUUGGUUUUGAGUGGGAUAUGAUUACGAGCUUAUCAAUCUCCAUAAUGACAAUGUCAUGUUAUUUAAUGUAAUUAAUUCAAUGUGUUUUUCAGCCUGGCGGAAAGUUACCUCGGUUCCCUGGAGCUUCGUCAGAGUGCCUGUCUGAUGUGGAACCUGACACCAGGGAGCUGGUCAGAGCUCAGAACAAGAAGAAAAAGAAGUCUGGGGGCUUCCAGUCCAUGGGUAAGAAGUUGUGGUAGGCUUACCAGUAGGCCAUGUUAUACAGCAAUAUGUCCUGCGUAUGUCCUAACUGCCAUAUUUUGGUAAUUGUAGGUCUCAGUUACCCAGUUUUUAAAGGGGUCAUGAAGAAGGGCUACAAAGUCCCUACUCCAAUCCAGAGAAAGGUAUGCCAAUGCCCUUGGAUCUUUACAUUUCACGAUAUAUCAGGUAGAUUAUUUACGAGACCUCUCUCUCCCCAUUUCAGACUAUCCCAGUGAUUCUAGAUGGCAAGGACAUGGUUGCCAUGGCAAGGACAGGCAGCGGGAAGACAGCUGCAUUCUUGGUGCCCAUGUUUGAGAAGCUGAAGGCCCCCCAGGCCCAGACAGGGGCCAGGGCUCUCAUUCUGACCCCCACCAGAGAGUUGGCGCUGCAAACCAUGAAGUUCACCAAAGAGGUCAUUAUUUUUAUAGUCAAUUUGUCAUCCAUCACUUUACAAUAUAAUAUACAUAUUUGUACGUAAACUAGGGUUGUCUGCUUCAUGUUUUCAUUUUUGCCUUGGAAAAAAUAUUGCCAUACUGGUAAUGUCACAGCCCUAACGUAAAUGGGGUAAUCUUUGUAAUUUUUUAGGGAUAGUAUGUUUUGUUCAUUGGCCAGUACAGAAAAUAGUAACUAUAUUCCUUUUUAUUGUGUUUCAGUUGGGGAAAUUCACCGGCCUUAAGACUGCUUUGAUCCUUGGUGGAGACCGGUAUAAUUAAUUAAAUCUUCAGUCUUGUUGUGUUAAAUUGUUAUUGUGUUUACAAGCAUCAACUGAAACCUCUUGUUUAUUUUCAGAAUGGAUGAUCAGUUUGCUGCACUUCAUGAGAACCCGGACAUGUAUGUACACAAUGGUCUUCACAACUGCUGUAUUUUGCUAUAAUGCAAUUUUAAAAUUUAAUGAGGUUAUAGGUUUUGUUCUGUGCUGUUGAUUUUAGUUAAGUCUUCUGCCUACAGAAUUAUCGGUACCCCAGGUCGUCUGAUGCAUGUUGUCAUGGAGAUGAACCUGAAGCUACAGAGUGUGGAGUACGUUGUGUUUGAUGAGGCUGACAGGCUGUUUGAGAUGGGCUUUGCUGACCAGCUCCAGGAGAUCAUCCGGAGGCUUCCAGACAACAGACAGACACUGCUGUUCUCCGCCACCCUGCCCAAACUACUGGUGGAGUUUGCUAGAGCUGGUAAGCCCAGCCACAACAUCCCUUCAAUGGCAUUAUGAAGCCCACCCACAACCUAUGCCUUCUUGUGCAGCCUUUUGAUAUUGAGUUGUGUACAAGGCAGGAUGUGUAGUGCUCUGACAGUAUUGUGUUUUGUGCAGGUUUGACGGAGCCAGUGCUGAUUCGUCUGGACGUGGACAGCAAGCUGAGUGAGCUGCUGAAGGUUAAGCUAAAAGACUUGCUAAAACCCACAUUCACACAAUUUGAAGUUUGGUUACACUCAGUUGGAAUCCCUUAGUGUUGAAAUAUGAAAUAUGUGCUUGAUUCAAUGAUGUAAUAGAAAAGUUGUAGCAAAACAUUGCAUUUUCUCCUCUCCCAGCUGUCGUUCUUCCACCUGAGGAUGGAUGAUAAGCCGGCUCUGCUUCUCCACCUGCUGAGGAACGUGGCGAAGCCCCAGGAGCAGACAGUGGUCUUUGUUGCCACCAAACACCAUGUGGAGUACCUCAAAGAGGUGAGACCCCUGUGAAUAGAAGGAGAAACUAGUCAUGGAAUAUGUUUUGGUUGUCCUCAGCCUUGUACCUUUUUAAACAAGUUUUGAAUGUAACUCUCUGUCACCCUAUGUUUAGCUGCUGUCCUCUGAGGGCGUGGAGUGUGCCUACAUCUACAGUGCCCUGGAUCAGACGGCCAGGAAGAUCAACAUUGGUAAAUUUGUCCACCGCAAGGCCAUGGUGCUGAUUGUGACAGAUGUGGCUGCUCGCGGUAUAGACAUCCCCCUGCUGGACAACGUCAUCAACUACAACUUCCCCUCCAAAGCCAAGCUCUUCCUGCACAGAGUCGGUGGGUAACACAAACAACAGGGGGAGCAUUAUAACUAAAUUAUGCCCAACAUACUGUUUUAGGUUAUCUUGAAUUGUCACUUAUGUACGUGGGGCAGAAAGGCCAAUGACAACCAUCUGAAUCAAUGAAAUAUAGGGUCUUCCUCACCAUUGACUGUUGGCUCAUCUCUGGUUUUUCAACCCCAGGUCGAGUGGCACGUGCCGGCCGCGGUGGCGCUGCCUACAGCCUGGUGUGUACAGAUGAGAUACCUUUUGUCUAUGACCUCCAUCUCUUCCUGGGGAGACCCCUUCAGCUGGCUACGCCUGACCACCGACAAGGUACCAGCACUGGACAUAAACAUGUCAUACACAGUUUGAGGGAAUGGAGCCAUUGCUCACCGCUGCAGUUGUCUUGUCACACUUGUUUUCUGUCAUGGAUACUCAAUUCUCUUGCUCACUCUCAUAUAUAUUUCUGUCUCUGUCCGUUCCUCGUGCCUCUCACUCACUCUAUCACUCUCUCUUUCUCCAUCUCCUCUUAAUUUCUAUAUUUUUCUCUCCCUCCCUCCAGAGUCGGACGGUGUGUUUGGUCGUGUACCCCAGAGCAUCCUGGAUGAUGAGGAGUCCCAGCUGAUUACGGCCCAUGAGAACUCUCAUGACCUGCAGAACCUGCGCCGCAUAGCGGACAAUGCCUACAAGCAGUACAUCAAGUCCCGGCCCAUGCCCUCGCCAGAGUCCUUUAAACGGGUCAAGAACACAGAGCUCCCCAGCCUGGCUGUCCACCCACUGUUAGGUCAGUAAAGGUGUCCACAUGCUUCCCAUCAGAAACCGUUCGGAACAGUUUGUGCGUAUAUUAUAACAUUUUGUGACGUUUUGGUUGUCGGCAAGGGUUUCUUCGGCUGUUCGUGUACACAAAAACAUUUCUUAGGCAAGCCGAAUUUCGGUACACAAGUCUACGCCCCUUAGUCAGUCAUUGGUCAACAGUAGGGAUUCCUCAAUUAUGUAUUUGUUGUCAUUCAAUGAUAGAUGACUCGUUUUCGUGCAAAGUUUUUCACUUGAGAAAUACUGCACCAAACAUCUUAGUUAGAUGUAAAAUUCCGCGACUAAGAUCUCGUCAAAAAUGUCAGAAUGAAUAAACGUCAGAAUUAAUGACAGAUUCUUGAGUUAUCUUCGAUUAAUUCUGACUAUUUUGAGGAAGUCUAUACUGGUUACGGCAUCUGAAGAUUGACAAAGAGUACUGCUGCUGCUUUUUCUCGUUUUUCAAGCGGUCUUUUAAGGGAGUAUUCGUGCACACUCGUUCUGCUAGGCGCCAGCCGAAUCGAAGCAUGCGGAAGCCUUUAGAUCACUGACCUAAUAACAGUACUUUUCCAGUGCACUUAAAUUUGUGAUAUUAAAUCAAUGAAGUUUCUGUCUCAAUGGAUCCUCGUCAGAUCUAGGGUUCUCUCAUGAAAAUCCCACGUAGAUACUCCCUUACUCUUGCUAUGAUAUUAACCCACAUUGCUUUUGUCUAUUUUCAGGGUCAGGCUUGGAGAAAAUGGAACUGGAGCGCCUUCAAAUGGUGGACUGCAUUAAGGGCUACAAGGCUAGAGCUGUGAGUUUGGAUUGGAAAUGUAUAUGGGAAGCUAUUCUCUAUGAAUAAAUUACUAACCUGUAUUAAUGCUGUUUAAACCACCAUGGCACUUUUUCUCCAGACAAUCUUUGAGAUCAACUCUAGCAGCAAGACCAACGCCAGCGUGGUGAUGCGAGCCAAGCGUUCUAGGGACACACGGCUGGUGGAUAAUUUCACCCAGAAGAGGGUGGUUCUGGCUGCAGAGGGCAGGUAUCACGUUCCUGUCACUGCUCUGCCCUCCACACACCACACGGCAGACCAGGAGGACAGUGAAGAGGAGGACCUUCAGGUUAGCACUUAUACACUACUGAGUAUCCAUCUACAUUAUAUAAAACCUAGCAUGUAUGUGUUCCAUUUGCUAGUCAACAAUGGUGUAUAGCACCACCACAGACAAAGUAGUAUCAUAUGACCAAUUAUGCUGUACUUCUGUCAUUUCUCCACCAGGGUGUGUUCUCUGAGGUAGUGGGGGGGAAGAGGAGGAAGCCACAGGACGACGGCGAGGCGGAGAGGCCAGACAGUAAGAAGACCAAACAGACUGGCCGUGAUGAGGAGAACUACAUCCCCUACAGACCGAAGGACUUCAACUCUGAGAGAGGGUAUGAGAAAGGCUGACUACACAGUCCACUCCGCUUUACACAAGACCAAAAUAGUCAUUCUGUGAGUGCGAAUGUGGGAUAAGGGUGAUAUAACUCAGUGUUUGUUUGCAGACUGAGCCUGGGAGCAGAAGGCACAACGUUUGAGCAGCAGGCUUCUACUGCUGUACUGGACCUGAUGGGAGACGAAGGAGACAGACUCAACCAGCACAAACACAUGAUGAAGUGGUAAGAGAACACCAUGACACACACACACACACACACCAUGCGACCUCACUUGACAUAUCCAUCAUCUCUCUGCAGGGAUCGCAAGAGAAAGCGCUUCGUCAAAGAAACAGGAAAGGAGGCAGACCAGAAGAAGAAGAAGAGAACAGAGAGCGGACAGAUGAUCAACAACAAGAACAAGAAGAACUUGUAUCCUUUUUGUCAUCUCAAACUGAUCUUUACUGAUGAAAGCUGUUAAUAAGGAAAUUCCAACACCCUCAGCUUAUUGUGCAUACUGGUAAGUCCUCACUUUUAAUUGUACCACUGCAGUAUUUUUAGGAUGUUUUAUCUCCUUGACCCCAUUUCUCAGCUAUGAAGAGUGGAAGAAGAAGUACAAGGUGGAUGACGGAGGGGGUGGAGAUUCAGAUGGAGAGACCGGAGGUGGAGGCAGAGGAAGGAGGGGUGGAGGUAGGAGUGCACUUCAUCAGAGGGCUCUAGCUAGAGUUUGGAUCUGUUGUUUGUGAUGGUCUGAUGUGGGGUCUGUAAGUAAAGCAGACAUUGACACAUCCCUUUGGGACAUUCUCCAAGCUCCAGUCUUUGGGCUCUACUACUACCUAAGAUCUAUUCCAAAACACUUAGUAAAAACGAGCAUCAAGAGGUUUGAUGUACUUUCAAAAUGUCAAUGUUUCUUGCAAAACAGCAUGAUAAAAUAAUGCUGAACAAUUGAAAUGCUGCCCUUCACUUCUCUAACCCUGUCUCCCUCCCCCUCUCUUCCAGGCCGAGGCAGGCCUGGCCGGGGCCGAGGUGGCCCAUCCCGGGGCCCCAACUCCCAGCCCCUGGGUCCCCCAGGCCAGCAGAGGGGUGGUAGCGGUGGCUCUCGGGGCCCGCGCUCAGAGCUGAAGAGCCGUGACCAGAUCCUAAAGCAGCGCAAGAAGACAGAGAAACAGAGGUUCCUGCAGAGUGGAGGCUUGAAGAAGCUCCGGGGCAAGGGCAAGCAGCGCCUCAACGACCAGAAGAAGUCUGGCUUCGGCCGUGGUGUACACAAGAAGGGCAAGAUGAAGAAGAGACUGUGAGGGAGGGGGGGUGAUGAAUAGAUGAGGUCUGUGGAAAAAGAGCUAGUGAGAGAUGGAAGAAUCGGCGAAGAGAUGAGGCAAUGGAUGGAGAGGCUUUUUUUCAUCCCAAGUUGGGGGGUUACGGAGGGUAAGAUCCGUGUCCACAUAUUUUAUGUGCCCCUAGCGUUGAUGCGGCUGUGCAUGACAGGGCUAGACCGAUUGAAACCUGUAUUUUACAGAUCUGUUUGCAUCAUAACCUAUCCAGAUGGAUCGCUAUCUCAAUAUAAUAUUUGUUUAUGUAUGUGAUUUGUGUUAUCAUCUGUGACUGUGUUAUUCUUUAUUAUAAAGGCCUAGGAGGAACAGAAAAACCCAUUACAGUAGGUCAUACAAAGCUGCCCAUUGAGCAGUGUGAAAUUCAUUCCUGUUUUUUCUGGGCAGUCGGAACAGAUCGAUGAGGUCAACCACAUUGUACAAAGAAUAACCUGCCAGUCUACCAGAAGGUGGCAGUAAAGCCUAGAGAGAGGUCUGCCAGAGGAUCUCGGGUCACUACCAACAUGUUUUCAUUUCAGAGAUCUGUAUUCAUUUGACCAAGCUGACAGCGGAGUAACCAGAGGGUGUUGAGAGAUUUACUCCGGGCCAAGAGUGUGGUGGAGAUGGAGGUUCACUAGAAUAAGGAGAAUUGGGGAACGUUUCUGUCAGCAAAGAGCCACAAAGCCAACCUCCCUACAUUGCCUCCAGUCGCUAAAAGAAAGCUGUGUUCUAUACACUUAACAGGACAUGUUUGGGAAAGGGCUUUGUAGUAGGUUUUUCUCCUUUUUAUGCAAUUUUAAUAUACAACAAAAGUAUUCAUUUGGUAAAUUAAUACACUAAAACCUACAUUAGAUAAAUACAAUCAGUAUGUUUUUUUGCAGAUUUAGUUUUUCUUCCCUAUCCAAUUGUUUUUGUUAACUGUAGCCAACACUGAACUUUGCAUUCAGCAUAAUUUCUGUACCAUAUUUUCAGGAAAAAUAUAUAUGUAGGCACGCCAUAAGCCUAAAAACACAGGGUCAAAGAUGGAGUGUGUUUUGAAGUCCUGCCGUUGUACAACAGAUGAGCUGACGUGACUGGAGAGACACACUCCGUCUGAAUGUGGUUAGAUGCAAGUUGUUUGAUGAUAUGUGUACAUGCUAUAUCACAAGUGAUCUAUGGUCAAAGUUAUCUUUAGGCCUGCUCUACUAGAAUGAAGAUUUGUGGCUUCCGUUUCUGUCUAUGAAUUUACUCAAGUUAAGUGAAGACUGCUGCUAGUUACAGUGCCUUCAGUAACUAUUCACACCCCUUGACUUUUUCCGCAUUUUGUGUUACAGCCUGAAUUUAAAUUUGAUUAAAUCGAGAUUUUUAUGUCACUGGCCUACACACAAUACCCCAUAAUGUCAAAGUGGAAUUAUGUUUGUAAGGAAACUGCUCAGGGAUUUCACCAUGAGGCCAAAGAGACACUUGAAAACAGUUACUGAGUUUAAUGGCUGUGAUAGGAGAAAACAGGCUGGAUCAACAACACUAUAGUUACUCCACAAUGCUAACCAAAUUGACAAGAGGGAAAAGAAGGAAGCCUGUACAGAAUACAAAUAUUCCCAAAACAUGCAUCCUGUUUGCAAAAAGACCCUAAUAUUAAUAUUUUCAAGCAUAGUGGUGGCUGCCUCAUGUUAUGGGUAUGUUUGUAAUCCUUAAGGACUGGGGAGUUUUUCAGGAUAAAAAAGAAACGUAAUGGAGCUAAGCACAGGCAAAAUCCUAGAGGAAAACCUGAUUGAGUCUGCUUUCCACCAGACACUGGGAGAUGAAUUCACUUUUCAGCAGGUCAAUAGCCUAAAACACAAGGCCAAAUCUACACUGGAGUUGCUUACCAAGAAGACAAUGAAUGUCCCAGUUACAUUUACAUUUACGUCAUUUAGCAGACGCUCUUAUCCAGAGCGACUUACAGGAGCAAUUAGGGUUAAGUGCCUUGCUUAAGGGCACAUCGACAGAUUUUUCACCUAGUCGGCUCGGGGAUUAGAACCAGCGACCUUUCGGUUACUGGCACAACGCUCUUACCCACUAAACUACCUGCCGCCCCGAGUUACAGUUUUGACUUAAAUCUACUUGAAAAUCUAUGACAAUACCUGAAAAUGGUUGUCUAGCAAUAAUAAAUAAUUAACAACCAAUUUGACAGAAAAUAAAAAUAUGCAAAUAUUGCACAAUCCAGGUGUGGAAGUCUCUUAGAGACUUACCCAGAAAGACUCACAGCUGUAAUCACUGCUAAAGGUGCUUCUACAAAGGAUUGACUCAAGGGUGUGAACACUUAUGUAAAUGAGAUACCUGUAUUUCAUUUUCAAUAAAUUUGCAAACAUUUCUAAAAACAUGUUUUCACUUUGUCAUUAUGGGGUUUCUGUGUGAAUGAGUGAGAAAUGUUUUAUAUUUAAUCGAUUUUGAAUUCAGGCUUUAACACAAUUUGGAAUAAGUCAAGGGGUAUGAAUACUUUCUGAAGGCACUGUAUUUAGAGGCAACAUCAUUUAUCAUCGCUGAGACAUAUGAUGUGGGUACCUCUCAAAAACAAACACAGGCAGUUUGAGUAAUAUAUAGUCAUUUAUAAACUGAGUGGUUCGAGCCCUGAAUACUGAUUGGCUGAAAGCCAAGGUAUAUCAGACCGUAUACCACAGGUAUGACAAAACAUUUAUUUGUACUGCUCGAAUUAAGUUGGCAACCAAUUUAUAAUAGCAAUAAGGCACCUCAGGGGUUUGUGGUAUAUUGCCAAUAUACUACGGCUAAGGGCUGUGUCCAGGAACUCUGCGUUGCGUUGUGCGUAAGAACAGCCCUUAGCCAUGGUAUAUUGGCCAUAUACCACACCCCCUCUGGGUUUAUUGCUUAAAUAUAGCUUCAAAUAAAGAGAUGCUCUGCUUUUUUGACACCACACUCCACAAAGCAAGUCCUGCAGGCUCUAGUUUGAUCUUAUCUUGAUUAUUGUCCAGCCAUAUGGUCAAGUGCUGCAUAGAAAGUCCUAGUUAAGCUGCAGCUGGCCCAGAAUAGAGCGGCACGUCUUGCUCUUCAUUGUAAUCAGAGGGCUAAUAUUAAUACUAUGCAUGCCAGUUUCUCUUGGCUGAGAGUUGAGGGAAGACUGACUGUGUCACUUCUUGUUUUUCUAAGAAACAUGUUGGAAAUUCCAAAUGGUUUGCAUAGUCAACUUACACACAGCACUGACACACACACUUACCCCACCAGACAUGCCACCAGGGGUCUUUUCACAGUCUCCAAGUCCAGAACAAAUUCAAGGAAACAUACAGUAUUAUAUAGAGCCACGAGUGCAUGGAACUCCCUUCCAUCUCAUAUAGCGCAAGUGAACAGCAAAUCUGGUUUCAAAAAACAAAUCAAGCAACACCUCACGGCACAAUGCCUCUCCCCCAUGUGACCUACUUGUUGUGUGUAUGUACUGACAUGUAUGUGUAACUGAUAGAUGCACACACAUGACAUGUUCAUGUUUUUAAAUGUAUGUAAAUUGUAACGUUUAUUUUUGGUCUGUAAUGUAUUUUUCGUUAUGUGUCGGACCCCAGUAAGACUAGCUGUCACCAUUGGCAUCGGCUAAUGUGGAUACUAAUUAAUAAAAUUAAAAUAAUUACAAAUAUCUAUAUAUAGCUUCCAAUUUUGGCCCCAAAUGCUUUGUCAUUUUUCCUUUUGUUGAGUAGGCUACACAACUCCAGACAUUGACUACGUGUACUGUAAGUGCAUUCUUGCAGGGCCAAAACUAUCCCAGAGACCCAGUAUCCUCCCUUUUUGAUUGAAUAGCACCCAUAGUGUUGAUAUGAUAUAGCACUGUACUGGCUGCUCCAGAACUGGAUGGGAACAGCAGGGAGAGAACAGUGUCUGUGAUAGGAGUUAAUCCCGUGGAGAUACAGGCCAGCCUGGCUUCUCCUCAGCCUACCCGCUAUCAGAUGGCCCCUCCGUCCCCUCUCUAGGCCAGUCCAUUGCAGCGCAGCAGCGGUUCUAGAGAUGACUAAGAACGGCAGGCUUAUCUGUGUUCCCGGCCAUGACACAGCAUCCACUUGAGAUAGGCCAGAGACAGUGAAGCCUCAAGGCCCAGCAGGCUCAUGUAACACCACAGGACCAAGGUACUAUGGGCUGUGUACGUAUGGAGAUGAUUGUAGUGGAGAAUAACUGACCAUACCACUCCCCACUAAACAGUCGGCGACUGUUACUGAGGAGGAGGUUUUGGUGGUUGUCUCGGCCAGGCCUGGCUUUGUUUACAAGGCUUUUUUAAUUCUCUAUAAGUCUGGUCAGAGAAGGAAAAGAUAUUAGUCGGCAACACACAGCUCUCUGUCUUUCUCAUCAACACCAUACAAAUACUAUAUGUAUAUCAUGUGGAACCUUUUUUUACAUUCUCUGCCAUUUUCAAUUGACAUAACAGCUGUUUAUGUGUGUGUAAAUAUGCAUACUUUUGAAUGUAUACUAUUUUAGCCAGCCAAAUGUCCUAUAGCUCCAUAGUCUGCAGACUGUCCUAUGGGGGCUCCGAACAUUGAUAAGAUGGCUGCUCUUUCUCAGGCAAUCACUCACAAGGCAAAGGGCACUCCUGGAAUGACAGGACAGACAUGACUGACAUUAGCACAGCAGUUGCCUCAGCAGUUUCAGUCUCCAACUUAUGAAACUGCUGACAGCAACACAUUACCCGUGGGUAUUAUCAGUGGACAUUCCUAUAUAUGUUUGCAUAUGGUUAUAUAGUAUUCACUUGAGGGAGGAUUUUGUGGAGUGAAACGUUUCAGUGUUUUCUUGGGUUGCUGUGGGGUUAGUUUGGUUGAACUUUGUGUUGUAAUUAGGGUGGCUGUGUGUUAGAAAUAGGAGUGUAGGAACACAGUUAGGCACAACCUUCUUCACAGGCCUUUAAAAUUGUCUCCUAACCACAAGAUACAACUCCAUCCACUGUAGGACACUUUUAAUGUAUCCAGGAAGGCACAAAGAGAAGUCCUUGGUUCUGCCACAGAGAAGAGCAAAUUUAUUCAUACAAAGUUGAUUUUAGUCAAUGAUUAUGUUGAACUCAAAAUGAUUGUUGGGCAAAUUACAUUAUUACUAUGUUAUUAUUAUUUUAUCCCAACAUUCACCGUUGAUUAUCAUAUUUAUUGGUACGAAGGCUAUUGCUCUUUCUUUAGUGUCCACGGUCAUACAUUAAAACAUGUCUGGAGUUACCAAGGGGUGGCAUUGAUGGGUAGUGGGAAACAAAAGCAUCUUCCAAGAAUUCCUCACUAAUCCAGAAACUGUGGCUAUUUUUCCCACCUCACCUCCCAUAGAUAAUCUGUUAUUUCUCCCUGAAGUCCCUAGUUCGCUGCCACCCCUGGUGUGCCUUACCAGGCUCUACUAAUUAGGACCUCAGGACCCCCCUGUUUUUUUCAGAUGUGGUAGACUGGUAAAGUACUGUCUGUCCACCUAAACACACCCAGUCCCACCCACUACACAGGAACGCCACACGCUACCGCAAAGCUGAUUGGCUACUGUUGGAGCCAAUGAGGUCCUAACUUCCAGACACUGACCGUGGUUUGGGAGGCUCUGUGAAGGGGUGGAGUGCAUGCGCUGCAAUGAGAGGAGCAUUUACUUUUCAUCUGAUGGCUUUGCCAAGAUUAUCAUUCUAACAUGUCAACAACUACAGACCAAAAGGGUUGGUAACAUCGCUACUUAACAUGCUGAUUACAUUACAAUAUGAAUAUUCUGCUGUCUCAUCUCCCCACGCCACUCCCUUUCCUUUGAUGACAGACAGUAUAAUGUUUCCCAUCCAUCCUAAUAACGCAGAAUGGAAUAAAACCCUUUGUCCAGGCACCACCAUAACCACCUGUCAGUGACGUAUGAGCAGUGGGCCGAGGCCAUACUGUAGAAACGACUGCUUUAUGAUCUGCCUGAGUCUCUGUCCCCAUGUAGUAAAUCUCGAUGCACUCUCUUAUAGACAGGAAAAAGUAUUUUCAGCAGAGCCGAUUAGUUACACCAUACUGCAGGAGAAUGUGCUGCUGCCUCCUCUGGGCUCCCAAGUGGCGCAGUGGUUUAAGGCACUGCAUCUCAGUGCUUGAGGCGUCACUACAGACCCCCUGGUUCAAUUCCAGGCUGUAUCACAACCGGCUGUGAUUGGGAGUCCCAUAGGGCGGUGCACAAUUGGCCCAGCGUCGUCCGGGUUUGGCUGGUGUAGGCCGUCAUUGUAAAUAAGAUUUUGUUCUUAACUGACUUGCCUAGUUAAAUAAAGGUAACAAAAAAACAAAAAAAUAGGGCCUGUGGUGGCUGGGCUGGAAGAAGGGAAGGCAUGCUGGCAGGGAGCCAUGCAGCAUGGAGGUUAUUUUGGGGGAGGCUCUGGGGCCCGAUGAGAAAGCCCUUAUAAAGACGUCCCUCUCAAUGGGUGGAAAGUGGGUUAUCAUCCCACUGUCACUCUUCACAAGGCCAUCUCGUUUGCAUCUAGUCAACACCUUCCUCCCCUCUCCGGCAGAGCCGACCGUGGCUUCCUAAAACGACCAUUUGACUUCCCAAGCACUCCUAACACAUCGGAUUCUACUCAAGUGCUUUGGGGAACAAACAAGGUUCCCCUUCCUCCCUCGCUCCCUCCACCUUCUUCCUCACGUGUUUUGAUUUAUUUAUGAGAAAUAAAGGGCCAAGUGUGUUUUGGCUUGGCCAUAUCAUGGAGCAGCCAAUAGGUUAAUAAUGGGAUUCCAGUCUUUGGGGAGUCUUAAUCAAUGUUACAAUUGAGAUGUGCAAAUCUAUCUCCUGGUCGGACACAUUCUGUGUGAGUUUGAUUAGUUAGAAUGUCAGCUCUCUGUUCUUUUGAUUAUGUGGCAUGGAAGAUGUAGUUAUUUCUGUCAUUACUUCAGGAAACUGUCACAGGGAUAAAAGUGACUUCCUCCUCUUAUUCAUUUUCUAUUAUAGUGUAUUUAAUAUCCUAUGAAAAACAAAGGCCGUCAAACGUGUAUGAAUAUUUACAGUUGAUGUCAGGCAGCUCACUGCAGUUCUGCUCCCCUCCACCUUUGCAGCACAAAUCAUUUUCCAAAAAAUAUUCAUUCAAGAAAAGUACACACACUGUAGGUACAAAUAUAUGUUAUCUAUUUAUAUAUACAAUAUAAAUAAUCUCAGUUUGAUGCUACUUGAAUCUGCAAUAUAUACAAAUAUAUAUAUUGUUACUAUUUAUUUAUUUAUUUUCCUUCCCCUUUCUUUCCUCCUUUCUCCUCUGAGGAAUGUUUUCCCAGACUCUCUUUUUACCCUCUCUGAGCGUUCUGCCUCUCCGUGGUUAGGCACUUCAUUUGUCUUCCCCAGGAUCAGAGAGGCACUGGAAAUCAAAAUGAUCACUGACUUCAGGUAGAAGUAGUGCAACAAAGACAGCAAGCCAAGAUAACAAGGCAUCCUGACUCACUGCAAUAGAGCCCACUAGAAAAAUCAAAGUCAAGACUUUAAAGAUUUAGAGUAAUUUAUCAACUUUACUCUUUGUGGACAGCAAGUUUAUAUAUAUAUAUAUAUAUUGUAUCUUGUGGUUGCUAGAAAUCAGCGUUGUUGAGGAUGAUUCUAUAAUGUGAACACUAAAAGAGUAUGGUGGGAUAUAUUUUCAACUGGUUUUAUCUUGCAAGAUAUUUCUCAUCAUUAAACAUUGACAAUUAAAGUCAGACAAAUCAAACAGAAACAUUACUUAAUAUACCUUGAUAAAAACAUGUUCAAACAUGUGUACCCACAUCUCACACCUAGUCCUAACCCUAAUGCUGUUAAUAACUUAUAAUUAAUUACAGUUAUACAGUCAUUAUUAAACAUUGGGAUGUCCAGGGAACUCUGUGGUCUUGUGGGGUGCAUGAAUGUACGCUUCUCUUCCUGUUGCAAAGUGAUUUGCUGCCUUUUAAGCUUACCAUAUGUUUCCCUGUCGAAACAGUUUGUGUAUAUAUUAUGAUGCAAUUUUGGCACGUUUUUGUUCGUUUUGGUGUUCAGCAGCAUUUCGGCUGUUCGAGCACACACUUCGUCGGUGAUUAGUCAACAGUAGGGAUUCUUCAAUGAGCGUCAUUCAACGAGAGACGAUUAGUUUUCAUGCAAAUGUUUUCACUUAUACUGCACCAAACAUCUUAGUUAGAUGUCAAAUUGCGCGACUAAGUUUCCUCUGCAAAACGUCAAAAUUGAUUACAGAUUUCUUGAUUUAUCUCAGAUUAAUUCACACUAUUUUGGGGAAGUGUAUAUUGGCUUUUUUCAAAAAUUUCAACCAAAGGUCUUUUAAGGUAGUAUGCGAGGCACAGACAUUCGCUUCGCCUAGCCGAGUUCUGCUAGGAGCAAACCGAACCUAGCAUGCAGACGCCUUUACAUCUGGCCAUGCUUUCACUGCAGCUUUGGACGGGUGGUGAACUGCAGUGUUCUUUGUCUCCAUGGGGUGGCAUUACAGUCAUUGCCUCAGCUCCGCUUUCUCAAAGAAAGUUGAGUGCUGGUGACCUUUUUUCCUCGUGUCCUCGUUUUCAGAUUCCGGAUGUUUGUUAAUGUGAUGUCAGAGUGACAAGCUUUAGUGGAAAAGGUUUUUGAAAUGUGCUAUUCAUCAGGGAUUGGACCAUGUCAACAACGUCUUUAACAAUUGUGCACUGUGCUGCAUUUCCAAUAAUCUUGUAGCAGGCCUGAAUGGGUAGCAACCUGAGUGGGUAGCAACUGGCAUGGGAAGAAAAAUACCUUUUGUGUGAAGGAGGGGUAUAUCACCAGCAACACGUUGUAGCAGUUGAAGGAAUAAAGCUUAGUUCCUGCAAGUGCCCUGACCCCAUUCCCCAUCUCCCUCUUGUCCCCUCUCCCACUCCUUCUCUCCCCUUCUCCCUAGACCCGGGUGGUACGCAGGCCCUGACCUGCUGCGUGGUGCCGAGGGGGCAAGGAGGGGGGAUGGAAGGAGGGGUGAGGGGGCCGAGACCGCAUGGGUGAGGGCAGAGACCCAGGACAUGUUCUGGAAGUGUGUAGUGGACAGGGGCCAGACAGGACGUGACCCACCGGAGGAAGCCCACUGCCCUAUAGGAGGAGGAGCCAUCAAUCAACACCCCUGGCCCCGCCCAUGGCCCACCACUUCAAACACACAGAGGAUUAGAUCCAGGGAGAGCCUCAGCCAGGCAGAGAUGUUACGCAGUGUGACUUGGUAACAUUAAUUUCCUAUUUGGUCUUUAUUUCAUGAGGCAACUCCUGGUGAUCUUGUUAAUUAUUAUCUUUCUAUGGUGACCUAUGGGUCCAGCAAUACAAGCAUUCCAAGCAUCCAUUUAUAGACGGUAAAGUCGAAAGCUACAAAAGACAGACAUCCCCUUCAGCCUCCAUUCAUUUUAUCCAGACAAUAGUAAGGAGAGCAUCUCACACCACAUGUAAUUUUUCUAGUUUGGAUAUCAUAGAAUGCUGAAGAUGCUAUUUCCAUAGUUGCUUGAAUGGUAUAUACAUUCCUUGCUACUUUGAAUCUGUUGUAAUUCAUCCAUUAGUUUUUUGUCCUCAUGCUUAAUUGGAGAAUGUGACCUAUGCAGGGCAGCCACCUGUAAUUGGCAGACAUCUUGCUUAUUUAUUUCUCUUUUGAAGCCCAUUGUAAUUUAGCAGGGUGACUUCAUGACUCCCACUUACUACAUGGCCAGAGAAGAUCAAAGGGGCAGACUAAUUUCUCUUGGCUGUAGGGGUUCAGGGAGAGGAGGCAGGGCCCUGGACAAAUGACCACAAGGUCAGGAGCUCAAUUCCGGUGAGGGCAGAAGGUCUGGACUGGCCAGAGUCACCACUGUAGGGCUAUCAUGCAGCUGUGAGGGAAUUUUGUUGUUAUUGUAUGAUGAUGAUGAUGAUGAUGAUGAUGGUGGUGAUGAUGAGGAAUGAUAUGAGAACUGAGAAGGAGAGGAAUUUAUUGUCAAGAAAUUGAUAUUUCACUAUUGGAUAUUUUGACAGACGGACAGACGAACAGACAGAGUUUGGGGAUAUUUGGUUGGGUCGCUCUAGGUUUCUCAGCCCUUCAUGGGAAAAAGGCUCAAGGUGCUAAUUAACAGGGAUGUCAGUGGUCCCUUGAAGUGAAGUGAGGCUGGAGAUAAGCGGGCCGGUGGAAGAGGGAGACUGUCGGACUAAGAGGCCAUCUGGACCUUGUUCUCCUUGAGUGGUGCUGGGGUUACGAAUAGGGCUGGCUGGGAUAUGAAUAGGGCUGGGGUACGAAUAGGGCUGGGGUAUGAAUAGGGCUGGCUGGUGUAUGAAUAGGGUUGGCUUAGGUAUGAAUAGGGCUUGAGUACAAAGAGAACUGGGGUACAGUACGAAUGGGGCUGGGGUAUGAAUAGGGUUAGGGUACAAAUAUGGCUGGGGUACAAUGUGGGGUGUGGUACAGAUGGGGUACGAAUGGGAUUGGAUAUAUUGGUUAGUGUUCCUAGCAUGAAAUCCUACAAUGCCAGUUUAGAUUUAAAAUCCCAUUAAGAUAAAACCCUGACUGUAAUUUCAGAUUGAAGUCUACAUAAAUGCAUGAUGCACAAAUCAGGUCAGAUAUUCACAGCAGGUGUCCGCAUAGCAAAUAGAAGUCUGGUGAGAUCUGCUCUCUGUUCAAACAGCUUGAAAAAAUGUCCAGCCGAAACAACAAGAGACAAAGAGAGGAAGAGAGAGGGAUUUUCUCUUUCCCUCCGUCUCUGUCACCUUGGCUACUGUCACUUAGGGGAGCCCAGUCUUUAGUGGCGUUGUUAAAGUGUCAUCCUGUGACUCGGGAGGGCCCGCCUCGUCUCCUACAGGUAAUCCUACAUCAUUCAUUCAUGAGGCAAUGAGUGUGCAGUAAAGAGUCACUAUCUCCCCUGCAUGGCUCUGCCGACUGCCGGCAAUACAUUUUGCUACACGUUAGGAAACAUGACAACCGCACUACCACUGAGCUCUCUCGCAGCUCUCUGAGCUCUCUGCUCUCCGACCCAGCCUUGCCUCUUGACAUAAUAGGCCAAGGCCAAUCUCUUGCAGGGAUGGUGUUUGAACCUAUAUUUCCAUAAGAACAUGCACUAAUAUAUCCAUCCAAAGGCUGCAAUGCAGAGCACUGUCACGAAAGACAUUGAAGCUCAAUGUGGGUUGUAUUCAGUACAUUUAUGCAUUUAUCACCAUUCCAGCUAUAGAUUGAUCAGCAGUAGUAUAUUUCUACUGUGAGUGAGUGAGUGAGUGUGUGUGUGUGUGGGGGGGGGGGGGGGGGGGGGGGGGGUUGUAUGAGGUAGCAGGUAUAGUCAGUGUUGUAAUAUCAGGAUGGAAUGAUAUCCAGAGCAGAGACAUCAAACACCAGGAGCCAGUUGAGUUAUGGACCAUCGACCGCAUGCAGCAAGAACAAAGAGAGCGAUGGAGAUGGAAUUGGUGGAAGAAAGAAAGAGAUAAACAUUGAGACUGAAAACAAGGUUUGGGGUCUGCUGUGAGUUACCUACAGUACAGGCUCUGCGACUUAUGGCAGGGAGGGCCCGGGAAAAGCUGCUCCCUUGAGGAGAGCAGUGGAGAGGAGAGAGGGAUGUGUGGGGUACUGUGGGUCUGGAUGAUAGGAGACAUUGACCAGGCUUCCCUAGCCGAGCUGCCAAUCCAUCCCCUCCUCCUCUCCGCUCCUCCCCUCCUACCUCUCUCCCCUCUUCCCCCUCUCCUGACAGGACCCAAACUCAGUGCUGGCCACAUCAAAGACACAAAUGCAUCACAGAUAA